AUGGAUCUGCUGCCGGAGGACGCGAUCCACGAGAUCCUGCUGCGAGUCCCAGCCAAGCCGCUGUGCCGCCUCCGCGCCGUCUGCCGGCCAUGGCGACCCCUCACCACGAGCUCCUCCUUCAUCGCGGCCCACACGGCCCGCCACGGCCCACUCGUCGCCGCCAUCAAAUGGAUCCCAUACUUCGACGCCUCCAGGCGAUCGCAACUCCACCUCCUGGACACGUCGGGCCACGUCGUGUGGCAGAUGCGCCUCGACAAGAACUAUCACCAUCUAGAGCAGAACGGGGAAGUGAGCCUGACGAGUCUGGACGUGCUCUGCCUCGUCGUCGGCGCCGGGGAAGACAAGCGCCUCUGCGUGCUCGACCCAGCCUGCAGCACCGGUCCCAUGUCACUCUUGCCACCUUAUUGCUGCCACCAUGACACCGACUACAACUAUCCAGUGUACACACCAUUUGCGGUAGGCCGGGCCUCCUCCACGGGAGAGACCAAGGUGCUGGGCUUCACCAUGGCCGAUUCUGUGGAGAUCCAAGGCUGCAAGGUCAUCACCCUCGCCGGCGCCGGCCGUAGCGAGUGGAGGGACACGGGUCGCCCACCGGGUUCAGUUCAAACGUUAAUGCCCGGGAUGCCCAGGUGCGUGGCCCUCGUCAAGGGGGUCCUCUAUUUCUUGUCAUACGGAUUCGAAGAACACCGGAUUACGGGCAUUGGGGCAUACGAUGUCGGCGAGGAGAAGUGGCGGCCGGAUCUGCUACACCUGCCGGCGACGGCAGUCCCUGGGCAGGAGAUGGGUUUGGUUGAGCUGAGUGGCAGCUUGGUUGUUUUCUACUACAAGCAUAAAAAGGAUUCUGGCGCUGGCAAAGAGAGUGGUUUCUCCAUGGAUUUAUGGUUCCUCACGGACUGCAACAAGGCGAUCUGGUCCAAGCAGUGCACAGUCAGCUCGUAUGACUCGACUGGCGGUCAGCCCUUGUGGAUGCUGGAUGACGGGAGGAUUGUGUUGUCGAUGUGGAAGUACGGCUGGGACACGCCUGUUGAGUCGUCGCUGCGGGUGUAUGAUCCGAGAACAAACACUUUCACGUCUGGGGUCGAGAUGCCAGACUACCACAUUAUUGGUGUGUACAACGGGAGUUUACUUAAGUCUUGUGUAGAUCAAUAA